AUGUCUAGAGACAGUUCGUUAUCACCAUUACCAAUUAACAUUAUUAAUGACCCACCAUUUAAUGAAAAACCGGAACCAUUUGAUGAUCCUUCAAAUUAUGGGCCAGAUAUUCCUAUAGCUAUUGAUUUUGGCUCAUAUAACGUUAAAGCUGGUUAUACUAACCAAUCAUUACCAACACAUGUAUUUACCAACAAAUUGACCAGAUACAGAGAUCGUAAGCUAGCAAAAACUAUGACUUUUAUCGGUAAUGAUACUAAUUUGGAUCAACCUUUACGAAUACAAGCUAAGAGACCAUAUGAUGGUUUAUUCAUUGCAAAUUGGGAAUAUGCAGAAGAAAUUUUCGAUUAUACUUUACAUCAUUUGGGUGUACAGACUACAAAUGGUAGCAUAUCAAAUCCAAUCAUAUUAACUGAAAAGAUGGCAUGCUUACAAUCUCAAAGAGCCAAUUGGUAUCAAUUACUUUUCGAAACUUUUGACGUUCCUUCAGCUACUUUUGGUUUGGAUUCUUUAUAUGCGUUUUAUAAUAAUUGUGCAAAUCCUUUUGAAAGUGAUGGGUUGGUCAUUAAUUGUGGUCAUGAAGAUACCAACAUAGUACCGAUUGUCCAAGGUAAAGGAAUUCUAACUGAAGCUAAGAGAAUCAAUUGGGGUGGGAGACAUUCUACAGAGUAUUUGAGUAGUCUCCUAACUUUAAAAUAUCCUUACUUUCCAACUAAACUCUCUGAAUUCCAAUAUCAAACAAUGUAUGAAGAUUUUUGCUAUGUUUCCCCAAAUUAUAAUGAAGAUAUUAAGAAUUUCCUAACAUUAGAGAAUUUAGAAACUAAAGAUAUUGUAGUUGAAGCACCAUUUACUGAAGUAUUACAGCCACAAAAGACUGAAGAAGAAUUGAAAAUUCAAGCUGAAAAGAGAAAAGAAAGUGGUAGAAGACUUCAAGAACAAGCGAAACAGAAAAGGAUUGAAAAAUUAGUUCAAAAAGAAGAAGAAUUUCAGUAUUAUACUCAAUUAAAGGAGCAAUUCGCAGAUCAACCAAAAAGAGCAUUUUUAUCGGCGUUACAAAAUGCAGGGUUUGAUGAUGAACAAGAUUUUAAGAAAUACAUGUAUAAUCUAGAAAGGUCUUUAGCAAAAUCAAAAGAUAUUGAUUUCGGAGAUGGUGAUGAAGAUGAUGAUGAAAAUAAUGAAAAUUACGAUAAUACUGCGAAUGAUAAGUAUAAUCUUGUAGAUAUUCCUGAUGAUCAGUUAUCUCCUGAACAAAUAAGGGAAAAACGAAAGCAAAGAUUGUUAAAGGCCAACCAUGAGGCUAGAAAAAAGGCUAAAGAGGAAAAAGAAAAGCAACGUCUAGAAGAAGAAGAAUUAAAGCGUAAAGAUCAGGAAUGGAGAGAAACUGAUUUGACUGGUUGGAUUAAAGAUAAAAGAUCCAUUCUAAACGAACUAAUUAAGAAAAGAAAGGAUAAAAUAAAAAUACGUGACGAAAUGAAAGAUCGUAAAUCACAAACUUUCCAAAAUCGUAUGAAAAAUCUUGCAACAUUGGCUGAAGAUAACGUUAAAUCGGGCUCUAAGAGAACAAGACAACAAGCUACUAUAGACAAUGAUCCUAAUGAUACGUUCGGUGCUAAUGAUGAGGAUUGGGCUGUCUAUAAUGAUAUUGCUAUGAAUGAAGAUGCUUUCGAAGAAGCUUUGGAAGAGGAAUAUAACGAGAUUGUUGCUCUUGAAAGAAGACUUUUAGAAUUUGAUCCUAAUUUUACCGAAGAAGAUACUUUAGACGCGCAAUAUGAUUGGAGAAACUCUGUGCUACAUUUAUUUUUGAGAGGCCCAAGGCCUCACGAUAGUGAAGAUCCACAUCAACAGCAUCAAAUCCAUAUGAAUGUAGAACGAAUUCGUGUACCAGAAGUAAUGUUUCAGCCUUCAAUUGGUGGCUGUGAUCAAGCAGGCAUCUCAGAACUUUCAGAAACAUUAUUUCUAAGGAAAUUUAAUUCAUCGCCACGUAAAUUAAGUUCAAUAUCUGAGAGAAUGUUGAAUAAUGUUUGGCUAACUGGGGGACAUGCAAAACUGCCCGGUCUAAAGGAAAGAAUUGUUAAAGAAUAUACUGAAUUUUUACCAGUUGGUACAAAGAUGUCUAUAAAUAUUUCAAAUGAUCCAUCUUUAGAUACAUGGAAGGGUAUGGCAAAAUUAGCUAGCAAUACAGACUAUUUAAAAAAAAUACAGGUAACUAAGAAAGAUUACGAAGAAUAUGGGCCAGAAUAUAUGAUGGAGCAUAAUUUAGGAAAUAUGCCUUAUUUCCAAUAG